AUGAUGGCGUCGAGCUACAACGCUAAGGAAGAGGACGGCCACCACUCAGGCCCUUCAAGUCAUGGCGGUGCAGGGGCCGUGAAAAGCAAGAAGCCGGACAAUACAGCUUUUAAACAACAGAGACUACCUGCUUGGCAGCCCAUCCUUACGGCUGGAACCGUACUGCCUGCUUUCUUUGUCAUCGGUCUGAUCUUCAUCCCCAUUGGAAUAGGCCUCUAUGUUACGUCAAACAACAUUAAAGAGUUCGAGAUUGAUUACACCGGUGUGGAUGUGUCAAGCCCUUGUUUCAGCUGUGCCAAAAACUACAGUUGGAACAGCCAAACACCAUGUUUGUGCUCUGUGAAUUUCACUUUGGAGCAGCCUUUCGAGAGCAAUGUCUUCAUGUACUACGGUUUAUCCAACUUCUAUCAGAACCACAGACGUUAUGUGAAAUCCAGGGAUGACAGUCAGCUCAAUGGGGACCGUUCUGCUUUGACGAAUCCCAGUAAGGAAUGCGAGCCUUAUCGUAUGAACGAAGGCCAACCCAUUGCUCCUUGCGGGGCAAUUGCUAAUAGCCUCUUCAAUGACACCCUGGUGCUCUAUCAUAUUGACGCCAAUGGCACCAGAAUCCAAAUCCCUCUGAUGAAGAAAGGCAUUGCUUGGUGGACGGACAAACAUGUGAAGUUUAGGAAUCCUGGUGGCAAUGAAAACCUUACAAUUGCUUUUCAAGGUACUAAAAAACCAAUUAACUGGAGAAAACCAGUGUUUGAGCUGGACCCAGAGGACCAGGACAACAAUGGCUUCAUCAACGAGGACUUCAUUGUGUGGAUGCGCACGGCCGCCUUACCCACUUUCCGCAAGCUCUAUAGGAUCAUCCAGAAGAAGUCAACCUCAACUCCAACCCUUGCUAGUGGCAGAUACACCUUGGACAUCACCUACAAUUACCCUGUCCUGAGUUUUGAUGGUCGGAAACGAAUGAUCUUGAGCACCAUUUCCUGGAUGGGAGGGAAGAAUCCUUUCCUGGGCAUCGCCUACAUCACCGUCGGCUCCAUAUGCUUCUUCCUGGGCGUGGUGCUGCUCAUCAUCCACCACAAAUAUGACUCGCGCAACAGCAGCGCAGAUAUUCCUAACUAG